ACCGGGAUCAGGGAGUGGGACCAGGGAUGUGGUUGCAGUGCAGGGCAACAGGCAGCGGUGCAGGACGACAGGCAUCCGGAUUGACACAUUGUUGGAGAGAAAACUCAGUGUGAUCAGAGGAGAUAGUGUUUCUCUGGUAGAAACUAAAGAUGGCGGGAAAGAUACCUAAAGAUGAGAUGGAGGAGCUCAGAGAGGCCUUCCAGAAAGUUGAUACUAACAGUAAUGGUUUUAUCUGUGACAUGGAGCUGACUGACCUGUUUAAAGAAGCUAACCUACCGUUGCCGGGAUACAAGGUCAGAGAGAUCAUUAAAAAACUGGACCGCAACAAAGACAACCAGAUCAGCUUCGACGAGUUCCUCUCGAUCGCCAAGGAGCUGAAGGGUGAUGACAUAGCUAAGAGCUUCCGGAAGGCCAUCAACAGGAAGGAGGGGAUUCUGGCUAUAGGAGGAACCAGUGAGCUGUCCAGUGAAGGAACACAACACUCAUUCUCAGAGGAGGAGCGUUACGCGUUUGUUAACUGGAUCAAUGCAGCGCUGGAGAAGGACCCUGACUGUAAACACGUCCUCCCUAUGAACCCCAACACCCCCAACAGUUUGUUCACUGCUGUAGGAGACGGCAUCAUCCUCUGUAAAAUGAUCAACCUGUCAGUCCCAGACACCAUUGAUGAGAGGACAAUCAAUAAGAAGAAGCUCACUCCCUUCACCAUACAGGAGAAUCUCAACCUGGCUCUGAAUUCUGCCUCUGCUAUUGGUUGUCAUGUAGUGAACAUCGGAGCUCUGGAUCUGAGAGAGGGGAAACCACAUCUGGUACUGGGCCUGCUGUGGCAAAUCAUCAAGAUAGGGCUGUUCGCUGAUAUAGAACUCAGUAGGAACGAAGCCCUAGCUGCGUUGCUGCGUGCGGGAGAGAGUCUGGAGGAUUUGAUGAAGUUGUCUCCUGAAGAGCUUCUGCUCCGCUGGGCUAACUUUCACCUAGAGAAUGCUGGCUUCAGCAAGAUCAACAACCUCUCCACUGACAUCAAGGACUCUAGGGCUUACUAUCACCUGCUGAACAUGAUCGCUCCAGGCGGCAGCAAAGAGAACGAGCAACGCAUUGAGAUCAACAUGUCUGGAUACAAUGUGAGUCCCUCUUCAAAUCAACAUGUCUGGAUACAAUGUGAGUCCCUCUUCAAAUCAACAUGUCUGGAUACAAUGUGAGUCCCUCUUCAAAUC